AUGCAAGCACAAGGAGCAGAACUGAGGACACCAACGAAACAGAGAACACAGGAAACACUGGGGUUUAUAGACACAGCGGAGCACACAGUGUGUGUUGAGCCGGAGUCUGCUGAUACUGAGAAACUCCCAGAGGCGGCGGAUGAGCCUCAUCCUCCCAGCACGGAGGGUCAGCUGAUCAUGAUGUCAGAGGCGGGGAAGGCUCCAUCAUCCGUGCCUGAACGAAACUGCUUUAAGCUGGAGGUGGGCGUGUCGUCGUGUCUGCUGACCCCGUCCGCCUCGCCAGGAGCCGCUGAAGAACGAGGGAUGAAUGAAGGAAUAGCCGGUUUGGUGAAGCUGGAGGCCGGGGGUUUGAGUCCGGUGGACUGGAGCGUGGCAGACGUGGCGAGUUACUUCACGGCCGCUGGCUUCCCGGAGCAGGCGCUCGCCUUCAGGACGCAGGAGAUUGAUGGGAAGUCCCUCCUUCUGAUGCAGAGGAAUGAUGUGCUGACGGGCCUGUCAAUCAGACUCGGCCCCGCCCUCAAGAUCUACGAACGACACAUCAAGGUCCUGCAGAGGACACACUUCCAAGAAGACCAAGGUUUCUGCUGACACACACACAUCAUAUAUGAAGCGAAUGUACUUGACAAAGCAAUGUACUUUUACUAAACGAUAAUUACUAGUCCCAGAAACCAAGUUCAGGACUUCCUGGCCUGGAAACAAUUCCCACUUGUAUAGAUUUUUUUUUUUUGAGAGAGAGAUUUUGGGACAAAGAAGAUUAAAAAGAGUUUCUUUUUAAAGAAGAAUCACCCUUUUAUUUAAUUUUUUUGACAAAAAAAUAAAUUUUUUGGCUCUGUGGAGUUAUUUCUGCUCGGAUGAAUCUGACCUUUGACCCUGAGCUCAUUCCAUCAAGUGGAUUUUCCCCUGCAGAUCGUCUUCAGUCCACUAGAGGGCAGAACAGAUUUUCUAAGUGACCUCACUGGUUUGAACCAAACCAAGGCUGGAUGUUUUCCACAGCGCACAU